CUGGAAUCGAAUCUUAUCCAAUGUGAAAAGAUAACUGAAAUAGACUCGCUCAAGCCAAUACUUACUAUUAGUACACUGCGCCAAGAUUAUCACUUAUAUUGCGAGCCACUGCCUCAGCCGCUCUCCCCUCAACUCACAGAACAGUAGCUUGUGAUCCAUAACCCUGAGAGUCGACAUGUCCCUCCCAACGCAUACCCCAGUGUGGCGUGUCAAGAAUUCCCCUGUAGAGUCUGUAGUUCUUGAAUUUUCCGAUGAUGCAACAUUUGCUUUGACAGAAGAGCCUCUGCCUCACAUGGAGGAUGGAGAAAUGCUCGUGGAAAAUGUGUACAUCUCCAACGAUCCUGCGCAACGAGGCUGGAUCCAGAAAGGUGUCUCACCAGAGCGCCUCUACGUCGCUCCAGUGCGUGAGGGCGACGUAAUGGCGGCUCAUUCCAUUGCUCGUGUUCUCGCAAUCCAAGACAACACUAGUGGAUUUAAGGUAAACGACCUCGUUUAUUGCAUGACUGCUGGGUGGCGACGAUACGCAGUGGUCAAAACAGGCCCCUCGGCAUGCCUACCCGUGAUGGUGCCCGAAAAUGUAUCACCUACUGCCUCUCUCGGUCUGUUCGGAGUCCCUGGGUUCACUGCGUACUAUGGUCUGCAGGAUAUCUUGAAACUCAAGGAAGGACAGUCGCUGAUUGUCAGUGCGGCUGCGGGCGCUGUCGGCAACGUCGCCAUCCAAUACGCCAAGAAGGUGAUCAAGGCCAAAAAAGUGAUUGGGAUCGCGGGGACAUACGAAAAAUGCCAAUGGAUCAAGGAACUCGGUGCAGACGUCGCCCUUAAUUAUAAAUCAGAUACAUUCGCUCAAGAUCUUAUUGACGCCACCCCGGACUUUGUGGAUGCAUACUUUGACAAUGUGGGCGGUUCUGUCCUGGAUCAAGUGAUUCCACGAAUCAGCCCGAAUGGUCGCAUCGCGGCUUGUGGCGCUAUUUCAGGAUACAAUAAGGACACGGGUAAACCCACGAUGGGUAGUACCUGGGUCGAAGUAAUAACCAACCGCUUGACAAUUCAAGGUUUCGUUGUCCUUGACUUCAUGUUCCCGAAGGACGGGUCCAACAGAGUGGCCACGGAAGCCUUUCCGGACAUCGCUGGUGCACUUCAGCGGGGAGACAUCACGCUUGAACGGGCCGAGGACAUUGUGGAGGUACCUUUCACAGAUAUUCCACUGGUUUGGGGAAGGCUCUUCACUGGUGCCAAUACUGGGAAGUUGGUGACGAGGCUUAAAUUUAGUGCAUGAUACAAUGGCAAUAAGCAUGUACAUGUUAAUACUCUUUUGACAGUU